AGUCUUUAUUCCCACCCAUGGUUCGCUCGCUCGUCCUCAGCUCUGCUGCUGUUUGGCGCCGGGGAGAGAACUUGGCGUUUGGUCACAUUACCGAUACACUGAGAGUAGACCGUCAAACUGACUCCUUGCCUGGAGUAUAAAUUCGUCAUUUUAAACUCUUGAAAUUGAUUUAAAAAUGGAUAUGAAGAGGAGAAUCCAUCUGGAACUUCGGAACAGAACGCCGUCUGAUUAAGGGCCUCAAUUGGCAAAUCAUUUGUUCGUUCUAGGUGCGGGAGCUUGUUCUCGACAACUGCAGAUCGAAUGAAGGUAAAAUUGAAGGUCUGACGGCCGAAUUUGAGAACCUGGAGUUCCUCAGCCUCAUAAACGUUGGGUUGAUGUCUGUCACAAACCUUCUCCGUCUUCCCAAACUGAAAAAGCUCGAACUAAGCGACAACAGGAUUUCUGGAGGGUUAGACAUCCUGGCGGAGAAGCUUCCAAAUCUCACACAUCUAAAUCUUAGUGGAAACAAACUCAAAGACAUCAGUACGUUGGAACCUCUGAAAAAGUUGGAGAACUUGAAGAGUCUGGAUCUUUUCAAUUGUGAAGUGACGAACUUGAAUGACUACAGAGAAAGUGUGUUCAAGCUCCUCCCCCAGCUCAUGUACCUCGAUGGGUACGAUCAAGAAGACCGGGAGGCUCCGGACUCGGAUGCAGAAGCUGAUGGUGUUGAUGAUGACGAGGAUGAUGAAGAAGGAGAGGAAGAGGAGGAGGAAGAUGAAGAAGAAGAUGGAGAAGAAGAACUAGAUGAUGAGGAGGAGGAAGAUGAAGAAGGGGAAGAUGAUGAAGAUGAAGUCAGUGCAGAGGAAGAGGAGGGUUAUGAACAUGACGGUGAGCUUGACGAAGAAGAUGACGAUGAAGAGGAUGAUGAGGAUGAAGAGGAGGAGGAAAGCACUAAAGGACAGAAGAGAAAAAGAGACACAGAGGAUGAAGGGGAGGAAGAUGAUGAUUAAGAAGCCAAGUGGCCUGAAGGACUACCUAGUACUGGUUGGGCUAUAAUGCCUCCCUUCCCUGCCCUGAUCCCUGACCCUUACCCCAGAUUGAUGACUGUUGGAUACCUGCACAGCACUGAAUUAUCAUGGAGCCAGCAGUUGCCAAUGUCUUGACAUUCCUUGUAUUUAUAAAUGCAGUUAAUCCAUAUUCCAAAACCCAUAUGGAGUAGUGAAACUGGGUAGAAUUUGGUCCAGUGCUUUUAUGAUAUUGGGGUUUCUUAGGUUUCCUGCUAAGACUAUUUCCAUAGCAACAAGAACAGAUAAGGUGAUUGGAUAGUCAUGUUUGUAAAUGACUGCCUGUUACAGCGAGGUUAUAGUAUCGAUCUUUAUGUAAGUCAAAAAGCUUUGUAAAUAAAAUCUUAAACUUUUUGGUUUGUUCUUCGAUAUUGCAAUACCAUUUUGGGUGUUAUUUACAAAUGCAAGAUGUUUCUAAACUAACAGUUUUUGGAAAGUUAAUAAAUGGUUUCUUUUAAAAA